AUGAUGCUUCAAGAGGAGAAGUUGUUCAAGGGGUUCGAGAGUCUGAAAAUUGAAUUUGAGGAAGGGGACCAUGUCUUCCUUAAGGUUACUCCGACUACAGGAGUAGGUAGGGCAAUUAAAACAAAGAAGUUGAACCCUCGAUACAUUGGUCCAUUUCAGAUCCUGGAGAGGAUUGGACCGGUGGCGUAUCGGAUGGCUCUACCACCUCAUCUUUCGAACCUGCACGACGUGUUUCAUGUGUCGCAGCUUCGGAAGUACACUCCUGAUGCUAGCCAUGUGUUAGAACCUGAGUCGGUUCAGUUAAGGGAAGAUUUGACGCUUCCAGUGGCUCCAGUCAGAAUUGAUGAUACUAGUAUCAAACGGUUGCGUGGGAAAGAUGUUUCUUUAGUGAAAGUGGCUUGGAGUCGAGGUGGUGUUGAGGAACACACUUGGGAACUUGAGUCGGAGAUGCGAACGGAUUAUCCGCAU